AUGGUAGGCCGACAUUUCACGCACGCAGUUAGCCUCACCUGCGCUGUGGAAAGGGAGGGACUGGAGCACGAGUGCCAAAAGGCGGAGCAGGCCCUCGCCGCGCGGCAGAGCGAGCUUCGCGCCGCACAGGCCCGUCUGCAGGAUGAGGAGGCCGAGGCGGCGAGGAGGGGAGAGCCCGACCCGGCGGCACUGCAGAGGGCGGUGUCUGCGAUGACGAGGAAAGUGGAGGCGCAGAUUGCUGACGCGUCCAUCGCUCUCGUGCAGCGGCGUGAGGAUCUGAAGCAGCUCAUGCAGGGCAAGCGGUGUCAGCUCGCGGCGGCGGUGGGUGGGAACGCGAGGGAAUACUACCGAUCCAACCACGCGCAGUUGCGAGCGCUACGGAGGGAGCAGACGAGGGCCGCGACCGACGACGGCGACACUCGGGCGGCCAGAAGGAGGGCCGAGGACACCGACCGCUCCAUCGCGCAGCUGGCGACGCAACUGCAUCAGCUUCGGCGCGCAGUGGCUGACGCGAGAGCUGAGCGUGACUCGCUGCUGCGGCAGCCACGCUGA